UACUACGUCUACAUGUUCCCCAACUUAGGAUGGGAUUAUAUUGACCGGUCAGCUGUCUUAACUGUUAUUUAUUUCAACAUCUUGUCACAUUGCAGAUUUGAACUAUGGCGUUGGCUAAUAAGCUUGGUAAUCUGCUCAAGAAGGUCACUGGCUCGAACCCAGCUCUCUAUCAGGCGAUAAGAUGCAUGUCAUCCUCGAAGCUCUUCGUUGGAGGGCUUUCCUAUAGCACCGACGAAGGCACUCUGAGAGAUGCCUUUUCCCAUUAUGGUGAAGUUGUUGAUGCUAAGAUAAUCAUAGACCGUGACACUGGAAGGUCUAGAGGUUUUGGCUUUAUAACUUAUGCAGCAGAUGAGCAUGCUUCGUCUGCCAUCAUGGCCUUGGAUGGAAAGGAUCUACAUGGACGCAACAUAAGGGUCAGUCCUGCCACCGAGAGGACUAGUGGCUUCCGUGAUGGCGGUUUUGGAGGCGGUGGUGGUGGCUACGGAGGAGGUGGUUAUGGUGGUGGUGGUGGCGGCGGUUAUGGUGGUGGUGGCGGCGGUUAUGGUGGUAACAGGGGCGGUAACUUUGGUGGCGGCGGUAAUAGUUAUGCCCCUCCUGGGGGAUCUGGAGGAAAUGACGCCUUCUCUGCAAGCAACUUUGCUCCUGCCGGUGGUGAUAACUUUGCUGCUAGCAACUUUGGUGGUGACAGUGGCUUCAGCGGAAACCCAGCUGGAAACUAUGGUGCUCCGGCAGAUUCCACCGGAGGUGAUGAGUUCUCCAGUGGCGCCCCUGGUUCCAACUUUGAAAGCGCCAAGAAUGACGACCUCAUGGACAACAUCUUCAAGGAUGAUGAGUCUGACAAAUACGCCAGUAAGGGGGUCUAGCUUGCAUCUCCUUUUGCAUGUCCGUAGUGAUAAACCUUGGAUAAAUUUGAGGUGAACUUUCAUCUGUAUCAGAAACUUUCUUGCUAGAUGUCUACUGUCUAGAGGUGAAAAUAACCUAUGCUAGGUAACUGUUGAGGUCGCGAUGAGAAUGUGCUUUCAGUUA